AAACGAAUUAUACGAUUGAAUUCGAUGAUGAUGUUUGGGUGCGAGUGCGAUUCACGUCUACGUUGAGUAAUUUUUUACGUAUCGUCAAAUUUUCCGAUCACUGAUCAGGAUUACGUAUAAAAUUUACUAUUUUCGUUUUUCUCGACGAAAACGAAAUAUUAGUAAAUACGCGACACGACGACGCUCGAUGGAUGACUCAUCACAAUCACUUAUUACUUUAACGGUACAAGAUUGGUCAUGUUGCAUUUUACGUACAGACAUAUUCACGAAAUUGAAACGAUCACGAUAUUCGUAAUCAUUGUAGCAUCUUUUAGUAUUUGUUGUUUCACUGCUUACCUAAUGGGUUUAGGGCUGUGUUGUUUAAUGAAACGGUUUAGAAACAAAAAUACAGCGUACACUUUGACUGUAAAUUUUAAAAAUGCUAUCGGCGGAGCUGAAGAAGACAGUAUAUUUUUUUCUGAAAUUUUACCAUCUUCUGAUAGUUUGACCAGAGGUGGUUCAUUAAUAAGUUCUCGUACAAAUUCCACUACCAGUACAUUAUCAGAAGGAAGCACAAAAACAUGGUUCCCAAUGACCAUAAAAUGUAAAAAAAUAGGUUGGAAGCAAAAAGCUGAAAUUCCGCCUGCAUCGGUCUACCUGAGCGUAAAAUUUGUACCACUUGACGAAGAAACAAAUCAAAAUGGAAAACUCCAUAUAUCUGUCAAGAAAGUCGUUUCGCUUCCUACUAAAGAUUAUCCUCGGUAUACAGAAGCAUAUCUUAUCUUAGAAGUGAUUCGAGCUCAGCGAACGAUAAAAGGAAAAACAGAAAAUAAAGUUUACGAAUACAGGACUCGUAAUUUCAGAAACACCAGAGAUAUAGAAAUGGAGGAGCAUUUUGUCGUUGAAGCUAAAAAAAAUGAUAUUAAGAAUCUUAGUAUUAAUAUAAAAGCAUACGAUCAAGACAUUUAUACAAAACCAUCGGAAUUAGCUUCGGCUGUCAUUUCGCUGUCGCCCAAGUGUAAAGAAAUAUGUGUUCGACGAGAAGGUUUGGAACUGAUGAGUCAUUUGAAGCAGGUUCCCAAAAAUGUUGGAAAUAUACUUAUAGGUCUGAGUUACCUACCAACAUCUCAAAGAUUAUCAGUCAAUAUAGUAAGAGCUGCUAAUCUUCCAAAUAUUCAAAAAGAAAAAAACACAAAUUUAUAUGCACAAAUCUUCCUCUUAACCGGUGUAACUGGAAGAUCGCUGAAAAGAAAAAAAUUAGACUUCACGACUCCAGAAAACGAUCCAUGCGAAUUAAACGGAAACCUAUCGUUUGACAUAACACCAAAUCAAUUAGAAAACGUAACACUUCUCAUAAUACUCUACAAAAAGAACCCGGACGAAUUACCCUUCCAAACGAUAGAAUCAGCCAGAGCGUCUUUGGAUUUCGAGAAAACGCACAAAUCUACAUCAGACCAUUGCUUCGGAUCUGUAGCAAUAGGCAAACUGGUGAAAAGCAAUAAAGGCAAAAAACACUGGCGAAUGAUGACAAUGGCUCCUCGACGAGUAGUCACAAUUUGGCACUCUUUAAAAUAAUUCCUCCGGAUAAAAAAAAUCAAUUGGAUUUCUAGACACGUAUAAAAAUAUGUACUCGAAAAUAUUCGCUUCCAAAAACGAAUUUAAAAAAACUUCGAGUACCAAUCACUGAAUUUCAAACCAUCAGAAAUAAUUUAACGCACACAAGUCGUAAGAUCACAUUUUUCAUUAUUGCGAAACACGAAGAACAUCUAUAAACUAUAAGUAGACAAAAUAACAUAUUUAAUAUAAUAAAGAAAAGAAAAAAAAAUACACCUAAAAUUUUCACUAUAAUGCUCAGAGCGUAUCGUAUAUAGUCGAACAUUUUAGUCUCGUCUCUAAAUACACAGUUAAAUAGGUAUAGUAUAAUAUCGUUGUAUAAUAAGUAAGAUCACAGAAUCAGGAAAUGAAAACGAAAAAAAACCUCUAUCGCGAGUCGAGAGCAUUUUUCGCGAAAAUACUAUCAUUAUUAUCAACAGCUUUUUAAAAAAAUUUCUGCGUCAUUUUACGAAGAAAAUUGGUAACUGAGAUGUUAUUCAUCAUUAUACGAAGGUAACGUAUGCUACGCACGUUAUAGUAUAAGGCUUACAA